AAAACAUGACGACAACCAUUGAUGCUCCAUCGUUCGCAAAGGCCAUUGUGCGGCAUCGCCGCCUCGCCUAUUCAAAUGCGAUGUUAUGUAACUAUGUAUCUGGAACACAUGAAGUGCAAACGAGUGCAAUGCGACGAACGACCACUGCCACCGACGAGUAAAUUGUUGCCCACGAGACAAUCGUUGAAGGUCUAUAUAUUUUAUUUUAAACAAUUUUCGGGGACAUUUAUUGUGAUGCAAUGUCCUAAGUAACCAAUGUUUUAGUACUUUUUAUUUUUAUUUUAAUGGGUUCAUUUUGUUUUUAUAACCAGGCGUAGACUGAACAAUAGUUCCUACAUGUCUGCGGAAAAAGACCUCCCUAGCGUGUAGCCAUUAGGGCUAUCGUUCAAUUCAUCUCAGCCUGCAUCGGGGCUAGUCACGUUCUCGCACCGUGGAGUCGCGCAACCAUUUCAACUGACCAUCAGUUCCAUAGUGUAAGUUCGCCGAAUAUUUUCGCAUCGAAUCUGUGGUGAGCCCCACCUGGCUGGUAUUCAUACUUCAGUGGCAUAAUUAACUAAUUUGCUUAUGGCUGCAAAGAAGACAUAGGCCAAUAUUCGUUGUGGAAAAAAGAGAAGAUGAUCAUGGCCGUUGGCGAAAAUUAUUGGCCCUCUUGUUAUGAUUUUAAAAAGUAAACAAAUAAAUAAUAAAUUGUGAAUGCCGAUUAGACGUAGUGGGAAUUCUAAAUUACAUUUUUAAAUCAUGGAGCUAGCAGUUAACGUUAUCGAAAGGAAGCUACAAAUAUGUAAUAGCUAUCCAGAUCACGUUGCAUCUGAAAGUACUGCUAAGAUUAAGAGGGAGAUAGAGGACGCUGACGUCACACCCGCGGAGCGUGAGUCACGGUGGUCGGACGACACUUCUGCACAGGACCAAGUCUGGAGAGAUCGAGCGAUCCAUACGGAAGAACACUUUGUGCUUAACAAAACUGAAGAAGACUUUAAAAGUUACCUUAGCUUUGACCUGCUGCCCAGUUGCAGCGUGUUGUUGCAAAGGGUGAAGACAGAGCCAGAGCUGUACGAACAGAGUGCAGCAAGCACAAACCAUUUGCCUGAAUCGUCUCGUCGUGAAGACAACACGUUAGCUGACGAAGAGAUGAAGUGCAAGCAGAGGCCAUUCACUCGCAGAUCUGUCAGGAUUGCCAACACGCAGAAAGAUAAUUGUGCUUCCUACCGUAUAGAAAAACCAUUUGCAUGUUUAUUUUGUCCGAAAGAGUUUUCUCGAAACUACCAUUUGAAGUUGCACAUGCGUAUUCAUUCGAUGGAGAGACCUCACACGUGUAAGUUUUGUCGUGCUCAGUUUAGCAGGAAAGACGGUUUGUUGUUGCACAAACGCACCCAUUCCGGGGAACGGCCGUACCAUUGUUUGUUUUGCGGAGCCAGGUUCGUUCAGAAAGUUCACCUGAGGACGCACAUGAACACUCACUUGAGCGAGAGAUACUCGUGCUCCGAGUGUGACCGGCAGUUCUCCCAGGAGAUAUAUUUAGUGAGGCACAGGCGUAUCCACACCGGCGAGCGGCCGUACUCGUGUCCGGUUUGUCGCGCCAGGUUUGCCAACACGAGCUCUGCAUCCAGGCACAUGCGCAUUCACACCGGGAAGAAGCCGUUCGCAUGCGCGGGUUGCGGUGUCAGAUACGCUCUGAAAGAUAAUUUGAAAUUACACGUGCGCAAAUGUUCUAGUAAAAGAAAAUAAUUUCCCAUUUCCACAUGUUCAAAGGGUGGAUGAAAGCUUUCGGGUUCUCCCACCAGACCGGGAGCUUGUUUGUGGGAACAUGUUGUGUGUUAGGAUGUGACUGAAUACAAUCUGUGCUUAUAAUGUAUAUUUUUUACAGUUUAUAAUGGCUGCUUUAGUUUUAAAGAUAGUGAACAGAUUGUGUUUGUAGUGUAGUUAUUUUCUGAAGGAGGUUUGAGAAGGAAACUAAUAUAGUGGAAUUUUUGUUGAGGAAGCACAAUGCCUUGUCGGUUGCAGACAUGCUCUUGUGGCUCACUGCAAACAAAAAAAAAAAUGUCUGUUAGUGAAACAAGUGAACUAGUUUCGCUUUGAAAUACGUAGCUUCUCUCUAAAAAUUAUAUAUUAAAUUUUUUUGGUUUGCUCUAAAUUGUACCACUCCAAACCUCCGGCUAGCUUACAUUGCACAUUUAUGAACACUUUAUCAAAUAAGUUGGGCACUUUACAAUAUUCAAAUUACAAAAUAACUGUCACUGUCGAUGAUUUGUUACUGAAACGUCUCUCUGGCACAAACUGUUUUUUACAGGUUUUUUUUUAUUAAUACUUGGAAAAUUCACAGUCAUCCUGGCCGUCAUCGUGCGACCAUGAGCUCAAAUACAUGUUGAAUAUACAACCAGGUCACGCAGAAACUCUUCACUGAUUGCAAAACGGACUCGGUCCUCGGAACAGUGACAAAUUCACUCGCUUAUUUCUUUGGGCUAAAACCUAAGACUGUGAUCACUGAAUUAUAAAUAUGUAAAAGUUAAAAAGACAAAAAAGGUUGAUUAUAAAAGGGAGCACCCGGCCCAUAGCUACAAUAUUCUCUCAUCAAACCAUUAACACGGUACUAUGAGCCACCCCGACAGUCAACAUCUCAGUACCUUGUACAGACUUUGACUGAAUGACAUGACUGUCCUCUGUCCUGGAGAAAAAAAAGGGGCACUUGUGCAACCUAACUGUCAACCAAUCACAAAAAUACAUGGGAAAAAAAUCAGCCAGUCUUCUUCUCUCAUGCUCUGAAACCUCUGUGUGUCUCUAAUUCUUACGCAACUGGCAAACUAUUGUAUCAACUCGUUGAACAAAGAACCAUGGCCAAAAAAAUACAAAAGAAAAUUAUGUGAACAGCAUUUACAAAUAAAGAAGAAAAAAAUCAACAUUUAAAAAAAUACAUUAAAGCACUACACAAAUAAAAAGGUAAAAAAAAAUCUCGGAGAUCAUUCAUUAUAAAGCAAGCAAAUCAUCAGAAAACCUUAAAAAGCAUGAAAUAAUGCAAAUUAUGAUCAUAAAACAUGUGGCAAACACACAAAUACGUCUCAAAAGGAACAGAAGCUGGUAAUUAUGUAUCAAACAAUGUAACCAUAGUACUGAAUAUGAGACAACAUAAUAAACAGUAAAUUAAACUGCUUAACAAGUGGGGAGGGCAGUGGUCCGGGUCCCUACGUGUCUAAAUUAAAAUGCGCUUGCCGAUGCGCUAGUGAGCAUUUUUGAAACUGUGAAGUGAUGAAAGUUGCAGUCUGUAACUUCAUAGUGCUGUUGUAACAUUUAUCUUUUAUAUAGGUUGUAACUGUAAGGUUUUUUUUUUUUUGCGAAGAUUUAUUUUGUAAAGUCUGAUGGAUAUUUUGUACCUGAAUAGUGUUAAAAAUAUUGAACAAAUAUAUUUUUAAUAAGGUAUGUUGGAAUGUGUUGGUAAGCGUGCCUUAUGAAAUAAUUGCAUGAAGUGUUUUCUGCCUUGUUAAGUUUCCUUGUUGAACUUUAUCUUGUUCCAGCAUGUUACUUUUUUUGACAUGCCUCUCCUCUAAAUGCAUUGUUUUCCUUGAGAGUAAAAUGCUGUGUUAAUGAAAGUAAGUGCCUUAGUAUCCGGAGAAAACUAUUUGAACAUAAUACAUAUUCAUUAUGGCUUUUAACCAAAUGGACGUUAUUAUUCAGUGUCAAAAACUUUGCAGGGUGAUCCAGAAAUAUUUGCUUCAUUCAGCUACUUAUGUAUAUUAUUAUUUACUGCAAAACCUCGAUAUUUGGGAUGUCAAGCUCAAAGCCAGGCCAGAGUAACGAGAAUCUGGAUUAGCCAGAGAAUUCAAGAGGAAUCUUUAUGACAACAUAACUUACACAAUAUGUGUUUUUAUUUUCUGAAAUUUUUACAGACAAAUUUGAACUCUGUUUAAUUACAGAGCUUAAAUUUAUUUGUUUCUCUUAAUUAGUUGGGGUGUUCUGGAGAACAGAGUGUAAGAAGGCUGAUGUAAUCAAUGAGGUUCUAGGAUAUGGUAAUGCAAAUUUAAAAUUUUGUUUUUGAAAUAUUAUUCAAAUAAUUUUUUUCAUUCUGAAUAUGUAUGGCUGUUUUCGUGUUACUGCCCAAAGAAAAUGCAGUUCUAAAACUGUGAAUAUUAUUUCAUUUUUGUUAGGAUCACAAAUUUUGUAAUGCAUUUAAUCAGUGUUAAGUUUUGAAUCUUUUAUAUAUUUUUGUUUAAAAAUAAUUUAAUGACUUAUUACUAAAUGACGUAUCAAACUUUUGAAUGUUAAGUUUUGAAUCUUUUAUAUAUUUUUGUUCAAAAAUAAUUUAAUGACUUAUUACUAAAUGACGGAUCAAACUUUUGAAUUCUACGCAAGUAGUUUCCAAGUCGAUCAGUGCUGCAUGUCAAAACAAAACUGUAACCGUGCCACUGUCAGGCUUGCUGCAGUAACAGUAAAAAGUUACUGAGAAUAAAAUCACUCAUUUUAGGAUAAUGUAAUGGUGCUUAACGUUUUUGGGGGAAAGAAAAGUAUUCUUCCCCAAUAUUUACAAACUACAUAGUAACAAACUACUUGCAGCCUGAAAGUUUGUGUGGUGAUGCCUUAUUAAUGCUAUCAGUACAAAGAUAAAUUCAUAAAUAAUCUUAAGACUUAAAUGAACCUUACAAAAUUGUAAUUAUUGUGAACAUACAUAGUUGUGUAAAUAUUUUCACAUAUACAUAAUUGAAUAAAAACUAGUUUUUAAAUGUCUUGUUAUUUCAUUCCACUUACUGUAAUACAUUCGGUAUUAAUAAACACCAGCAUACCGUAUUACGAAUUCGCAGUGUGACAUUGGAGCCAAAAGUGUGCUAAGGCCCAACCCUACGGUAAUGUAUGUGCCUAUCUUGGAUGUGCAUUAACCAACAAAGAAAACCACUCUUUAGGCAAGUUGCUUGUAUUACAAUAAUUCUUAGGUUAAAAUUACUGUUUAAUGAUGUAGUAAUUUGUGAACAGUACGUCCUUAGGUGCCUGUGAUA